GUGCCGCGCGACGAGUUUGUGUCAGCAAAGCUGUCCUCCAAGCUGGGCCAGCAGCUUAAGGACGUGCUAUCCAUUUGCGGCGGUGGCAUGCCCGGUUGGUGUGCUGCUCUGGCUGGGCCGUGCCGCUUCCUAUUUCCCUUUGAGAUCCGCAAGCGGUACUUUUACUGCACUGCCUUUGGCCUGGGACGGGCGCUGCAGCACAUGCAGCAGCUGCAUACGGCGGAGGCGGGCGGGGCCCCGGGGGCGGGGCACGCUGUGAGCGGGACCCGUGUGCAGGUCCGCGUAUCCCGCAAGCGCAUCCUGGAGUCCGCUGCCAAGGUGAUGGAGUUGUACGCCCGCAGCCGUGCUGUACUAGAGCUCGAGUACUUUGGCGAGGUGGGCACCGGCCUGGGCCCCACGCUGGAGUUCUACACGCUGCUGUGUCACGAGCUGCAGCGCAAGGACCUGGCGAUGCUUGGCGAGGGGGAGGACGCGGAGGCGAAAGGCCUCCGCGCCUCUGCGUCGGCUUCGGCUUCUCCGGACACAAUGGAGGUUGAUGGCGGCUGUGAGUACGUGAACGCGCCAUGGGGAUUGUUCCCGCGGCCGCUGCCGCCGGCAGCGCGCAGCAGUCCAGCGGGUCUAAAGGCGGUGGAGCGCUUCCGGUUGCUGGGCCGCACGCUGGCUAAGGCGCUACAAGAUAACCGGCUUCUGGACUUGCCGCUGAGUCAUGUCUUCUACGCAGCAGCUCUGGGCAGCCCGCUCGACAUGUGGGACAUUGCACGCAUCGACCCCGGACUUGGAGCCACACUGGCCAAGCUGCACUCGGCGCUGGUGGCGUACAGGGCGGCGGGCGGCAGUGGGACGCUGCUGGUUGACGGGGUGUCCGUUGAGGAUCUUUGCAUUACCUUUGUGCUGCCUGGUACGCCUGACUACCCGCUUCGCCCCGGUGGGGAGGAGCUGGUGGUGGGCUCAGCGGAGCAGCUGGGAGAAUACAUCGAGGCGGUGGUAGACGCCACUCUUGGCUCGGGCGUUGCGGCGCAGAUGGCUGCUUUCCGGGAGGGCUUCAACGAGGUCUUUAGCCUCAGUACGCUCUCUCUGUUCCAUGAGGACGAGAUCGAGGUCCUGCUGUGCGGCAGUGGGGAGCGCUGGACGAUGCAGGUGCUGGCGGAGGCCAUCAAGUUUGACCACGGCUACACAGCCAACUCUCAGCCUGUCAGGUUCCUGUUGGAGAUUUUGUCGGGUCUGGACGCGUCGGAGCAGCGUGCCUUCCUGCGUUUCGUCACGGGCUGCCCCCGCCUGCCACCCGGAGGGCUGACCGCCCUGCAGCCGCGACUGACCGUGGUCCGGAAGCACCCCAGCGGCGGCGAGGGCCCCAGCAACAACCCCACCCCGGUCGGCAGCUUUCAGGAGGCGGGCCUGAGUCUGGGUGCGGCCACGGCGGUGUGCGCCGCGGAUGCCGACCUGCCCAGCGUCAUGACGUGCGCCAAUUACAUCAAGUUGCCGCCGUACAGCAGCAAGGCCGUCAUGUCGGCGCGCCUCAUGUACGCCAUUAGGGAAGGCCAAGGCUCUUUUGACCUAUCAUAGCCU